CGCAGCCGCAAAAACCCCUAGUAUCCUGUCAUUUCUUUCACAGGGGGAGAGAGGAGAGAAGCAACGAGUGGGAGAAGAUGAAGUACAACCCGCGCGUAAGCUCGUCUCGCCGGAAGAACCGGAAGGCUCACUUCACAGCUCCGUCGAGCGUGAGGCGCGUCCUGAUGAGCGCGCCGCUCUCCGCCGAUCUGCGACAGAAGUACAACGUCAGAUCCAUGCCGAUCCGGAAGGACGACGAGGUCCAGGUCGUUAGGGGGACGUACAAGGGUCGGGAGGGAAAGGUCGUGCAGGUCUACCGGCGCAAGUGGGUGAUCCACGUUGAGAGGAUCACACGGGAGAAGGUGAACGGGACGACGGUGAACGUGGGGGUGAACCCGUCGAAGGUGAUGAUAACAAAGCUGAGGCUGGACAAGGACAGGAAGUCUCUGUUGGAUCGGAAGGCGAAGGGUCGGGCCGCUGCCGACAAGGACAAGGGUACCAAGUUCACUACGGAGGAUAUUAUGCAGAACGUCGACUGAUCCACAACAACAAAAAACGUUUUCCCAGGUUUAUCUAUGUUUUUUCAGUGUUUACUCUUCUGGUUGCGAAGGAAUUUAGGAUUUGGUUUCGGACAUGAAAUGUUUGUUUUGUUUCUCAAGACAACGUGCGAGGAAUGUUUAUGAACCAAUUUUGCUUGCCCUUAAGUUAA